AUGUGCCAAGUGUCAGUGCGACUCGAUUCCCUGGAUCAGCUGAAGAACGACUUCCUGGACGUGCAGAACAACAUCGAGAAGUUGGAUGAGCCGAACAAUCUGGACGCGAACAUUGCUCAGCGGGUCGACUUCGAGCAGCGCUACUGUGACAUCAAGGGAUUUUUGCUCUCCAAGCGACCUGUCGAUCUCAACCAAACAUUGGAGAUGUCUACGAUGUCUCACUCGCACUCGCACAAUUUCCACCUGCGUCUCCCGAAGAUCGAAUUGCCGCAGUUCGACGGAGACUACUCACGCUGGUUGUCCUUCCGGGACACUUUUGUGUCGAUGAUCCAUGCCAACUCGGACAUACCAACUGUAGCCAAGCUGCAGUACCUGCUGCAGUCGUUGGGACCGACAGCCAAGAAGCCUUACGAAUCCGUCGAUAUCAAGGCUGACAACUACUUCACGACGUGGUCAGCGAUACUCAAGCGGUACGACGACAAGCGUCACCUGAAGCGACAGCUGUUCAGAGGUUUGUACGAUUUGCCAGCAGUGCCAGAGGAGUGUGCGUCUGCGAUCCACAACUUGGCUGAUGACUUCCAACGCCACGUGAAGGCGCUCGAGAAGUUGGACGAACUUGUGCAGCAUUGGGACACGCCGCUGGUAAACAUGCUGUCGUACAAGUUGGAUCAAGCGACGUUGCGAGCGUGGGAGGAGAAGAAUAGCGAGAAGGCCGACGUUAAGUACGACGACAUGAUCGAGUUCUUGUACCAACGGGUACGCGUUUUGGAAGCUAGCGGAUCGGAGUCCAAGCAGUCGGCAUCGGCAAAGGUGGCCGGUUCCUCAUCGAAACAAUCUCGGCCGAGGUUCGUUGCCAACGCUGCCUCUUCCUCCAGCUCGAACGGUUCGUGCUUGCUUGGGUGUUCGGAGAACCAUCAUCUACGCAGAUGUCCAGUGUUUCUUGGGAAGGAUGUGCAGCAACGCCGAGACCUGGUUGCGCAGAAACGGCUGUGCUGGAACUGUCUCUCGGCUGGCCACCCGGCCAGGAAGUGUGGGUCCAAGUUCUCGUGCCAAACUUGUAAGCAGAAACACCAUUCACUUGUGCACGUCUCGUCUCCGACGAGGGUUUCAUCGACUCCUGCUGUGACUUCCGUCACAAUUGAUCAACCGUCCAACACCGCGUCGGCGAACGCGGCCCCGGUAGGCUCAAGUUCUACCACUCCACAAGUCAGCAUGGCAGUGCAAACUGCAUGCAACACGGUUCUGCUGGAGACGGUUGUGGUGAAUGUGGUUGACGAUCACGGCAAGAAGCACAAGGCGCGAGCGUUGCUGGACUCAGCUUCGAUGUCAAACUUCAUGUCGGGUCAGCUGGCAAAGAACCUCUACAAUCGGCCGAUCAAGGUGGACGUCGCAGUAGCUGGGAUUGGAGUUUCAACGCAACGAGUUCGCAGCGCAAUCACGGCCGCGAUCGAGUCCAGGAACACAACGUUUUCUACGAAGCUGGAGUUCCUGAUCCUGAGGCAGCCUUCUGCAGAGCUGCCAACCGUGCCGAUAGACGUGUCGACAUGGAAACUUCCGGAUAUUGUGCUGGCAGAUCAACGCUUCAACGUACCUGAACCGAUCGACCUGGUGAUCGGCAGUGAAUCGUUCUGGGAACUGCACACUGGGCGGAAGAUCUCGCUUGGAGCAGGUCUUCCAUGGCUUUCAGCUGUGAACGAUCGUCUGGAGGCUGCAAUCCAGAGAUUCUGGGAAGUUGAGACGAUCCCGGAAGGCCCCGCUCACUCUGUCGACGAGAAUCGCUGCGAGGAGUUCUUCGCCAAGACGACCACCCGUGACGCUACAGGAAGGUACGUGACCAUCGCAGAGCGCCGCUUUCUCGGCCUGGAACGUCGAUUGGAUCGAGAUCCUGCGACGAAGGAGGCCUACCACAAGUUUAUGCACGAGUAUCUGUCGCUGGGCCACAUGGAGUUGGUGGACGGACCUGUGGACUACCGGAGGCCACACUGCUACUUGCCGCACCACCCUGUCUUCAAACAAUCAAGCACAACGACGAAGGUCAGGGUCGUCUUCGACGCGUCGUGCAAGACGUCGUCCGGCUACUCGGUGAAUGAAAAGAUGCUCGUUGGACCGGUCGUUCAACCGGACCUGCUGUCGACGCUGCUGAAGUUCCGGUUUCAAGCGGUCGCACUGGUGGCGGACGUCGAAAAGAUGUACCGUCAAGUGCUCGUGCAUCCUGACGAUCGGCCUCUGCAGCGGAUUGUUUGGCGAUUCAACCCGACGGAUCCCAUCUCGACCUACGAAUUGCGGACGGUCACCUACGGCACGGCAAGCGCUCCCUUUCUGGCAACCAGAACGCUCGCUCAGAUCGCGCAAGACAACAAAGAACUCCACCCGGACGCUGCUGAAGCUGUUGCACGAGAUUUCUACGUCGACGACUUGAUCUCUGGUGCGCCGGACGUGGAAACGGCGAUCAAACUGCGCCGCGAGAUAUCUACGAUGCUUGCUGCUGCUGGUUUUCCGCUCAAGAAGUGGGCGUCUAACGCCCCUGAAGUGCUACGAGACAUUCCACCCGAGGAUCUUGCACUUCUGCCGGUUUACGACCUGCAAGAUGGUCAAACUGUAACCACACUCGGCAUCGUUUGGGACCCACAGACAGACACCCUCUGUUUCCGGGUCCAACUACCACCCCCUGCGUCGGUGCUCUCAAAGCGCAAAGUGAUGUCUUACAUCGCACAGAUUUGGGACCCGUUUGGACUGGUUGGUCCAACAACAUUGAAGGCGAAGCUGUUUAUGCAGCGCUUGUGGGCGCUCAAACACAAAGGAGAAGCCUGCGCGUGGGACACCCCGCUCCCACUCAAGAUCCAGCUGGAAUGGAAGGAGUUCCACAUGCUGCUGCACAUGCUCAGCCAGGCUUACGGCGCCUGCUGUUACGUCCGAGCUGCGGCCGCCAACGGAGUUACCACUCGUCUGCUGUCCUCGAAGUCCAAGGUCGCGUCGCUGUCGUCCCAUGACUCGAUCAACAAAUUGGAGCUAAAUGGUGGCCGGCUCUCUACGCAGCUGUACAAGAAAGUCAAGAAAGCCCUGAACCUGUCUGAUGCCGUUCCAGUCUUCUUCUGGACAGAUUCGCUUACGGUUCUUCACUGGUUGAACUCUCUGCCCAGCCGUUGGAAGACGUACGUCGCGAAUAGGGUGUCCCAAAUCCAGCUGUGCACUAGCCGCCAUGUCUGGGGACACGUACCCGGCGUCGACAAUCCCGCCGACUACAUCUCUCGAGGACUGAGCCCGCUGGAACUGCUCGAUUGUCUGUGUUGGUGGUUUGGGCCCCUUUGGCUGAAGCAAAACCCGGACUACUGGCCAAAAACUGUGUUGACAGCCGCAGACGCUUCAGCUGUAACCAAGGAAGAACGCAAGGUGCCGAUCGUUGCGAUGACCACCGUCGAGGCUGAUUUCAGCAACCGUGUUUUCAGCUUGACCUCGAGCUUUCCUAAGCUCCGUCGCGACAUCGCAUUCUGCCAGCGCUUUCUUUCCAAGCUUCGUGAACGCUCGGUGCAACGGCGCGAUGCACCUGAACAGUACGCCCCGCCUACUGUUGGAAAAGUAACAACCCCUCUAUCGGUUACGCCGCUCUCUACGCACGAACUCCAACACGCUGAAUUCUCGCUGGUGCGCCUAGCGCAGCAAGAACACUACGCUGAGGAGAUUUCUGACCUCUCUGGAGGUGAACGGGUGUCCAAGUCGUCGCCACUCAAGUGGUUGAACCCGUUUGUUGACGAAAAACGUAUCCUGCGAGUCGGUGGCCGGCUUCGGAACGCCAAACUGACUCACGAAAGCAAACACCCGAUUGUUCUCUCUGCGCGACACCCGCUAACGGCUCUGUUGGCUAGUUACUUCCACGAGAAACUACUGCACGCAGGUCCCGCCCUCAUGCUGGCCACUCUCCGCCAGAAGUACUGGAUCUUGGGCGGACGAAACCUGGUGAAAUCUGUCUACCAUCGCUGCCACACCUGUUUCCGCAGUAAACCCACACUGGUAAUCCAGAGCAUAGCAGAUUUGCCAGCAUCGAGGGUCGCACCAACUCGUCCGUUCUCUGUCUGCGGCGUUGACUACUGCGGGCCGUUUUAUAUCAAGUCACCUGUACGCAACCGCGCCCCCACCAAAGUCUACGUGGCCAUUUUCGUUUGCUUUUCGACCAAGGCGGUCCACAUCGAGCUGGUGAGCGAUUUAUCCACACCAGCAUUCAUCGCAGCUCUACGUCGACUGGUCGCCCGCAGAGGACAGGUUGUCGAGUUGAAUUCUGACAACGCGACCGCCUUCAAGGGUGCUGCGAAUGCACUGCACCGUGUGUACCAGAUGCUGAAGGUCGAACAAGUCGAUCGGAAUGAGAUUUUCACCUGGUGCGCAGAGAACGGGAUUCGCUGGAAAUUCAUCCCACCACGCGCGCCGCACUUCGGCGGACUGUGGGAGGCGGCGGUCAAAUCCGCCAAAACACACCUACUCAAGACGAUGGGCACCACUAGUGCCAACUACGAGGACAUGCUCACACUGCUGGCGCAGAUAGAGAUGUGCCUCAACUCGCCCACUCACGCCCAUGCCGGACGACCCGGCAGACGCUGA